UUCUACUCUCUUCAAUGCUGCAACCAUAUUUGGACAACUUUACAAGUACAACCAGCAAACAAGCAUUAUAGUGUUUUCUCCACUGAAAAAAUGGAGAAAUGGUGGUUUCUAGCACUUCUCCUACUGAUUGCUAACCCCACAGAAGCUGGGUUUAAUGUGGGCGGUGGAGUUGGUGUCAAUGUCGGCCCUGUUGGCGGCGGCGGCGGUGUUUGGAUUGGUGGAGGAAUCAAUGGAAAUGGGAAUCCCCCAUUCUCAUCUGGGUCUUCACCUUCAGGCCUCGACAGAGCUUUCACCGCCCUCCAGGCGUGGAAAUCCGCCAUCUCCGACGACCCAUCAAAGGUUUUAGACUCAUGGGCCGGCCCGAAUGUGUGUUCUUACACAGGGGUUUUCUGCUCUCCGGAUUCUCAAGAAGUUGCAGGCAUAGAUCUCAACCACGCCAAUCUCAAGGGCAAUCUCGUCCAAGAGCUCUCUUUUCUCUCUCAACUCUCUCUACUCCACCUCAACAGCAACAGAUUCUCCGGCCAAAUCCCCGAAAGUCUCCGAGACCUCACCGCCCUCCAAGAACUCGACCUCAGCAACAACAACUUCUCCGGCAGCUUCCCAACGGUCACAUUACAAAUUCCGAACCUCAUCUACCUCGACCUCCGAUUCAACAGCUUCUCCGGCACGAUCCCGGACGAGCUCUUCAACCGGAAACUCGACGCCAUCUUCCUCAACAACAACAAUUUCGAAGGUCAAAUCCCCGAAAGUUUAGGAAACUCCCAGGCCUCCGUCAUCAAUUUCGCAAACAACCAAUUAAGCGGCAACCUCCCGGCCAGCUUCGGCUUCAUGGGGACGAAGCUGAAAGAGGUUUUGUUCCUUAACAACCGGUUAACCGGCUGCAUUCCCGAAGGAGUCGGGAUCUUCACAGACAUUAAGGUUUUCGACGCGAGCCAUAAUUCCCUGAUGGGUCAUCUCCCCGACACGAUUUCUUGCCUGGAAGACAUCGAAGUUCUGAACUUGGCGCACAACAAUCUGUCGGGGGUGCUGCCGGACUUGGUCUGUUCGUUGAAAAGCCUGGUGAAUCUGACCGUUGCUUACAAUUUCUUUUCCGGGUUCAGUCAGGAAUGUACGAAGUUAUUCCACCGGAAUGUGGGGUUUGAUUUCUCCCUGAAUUGCAUUCCCGGGUGGAACAUGCAGCGGCCGGACCCGGAAUGCUCUCUGAUUCCGGGCGGCGGGUUGAACUGCCUGAGAAUUCCGGGGUCCAAGCCUCUGGUAUGUGGGUCCCUCUACACAUCGUCUUCUGCUUCUUCUCCAUAAAAACAGGAGAUUUCAGUCUUUUUGUACAACUUAAUCUACUAUUAAUAGCAAAUUAUGACUCAAGCUUCCUGAA